GAACCUUGGUCCUCCUUAUCUCUUCCCCACAAGUAGGCUUAUAAUUUUUAAGCAUUUUAAUUUUUAAUUGAUAAGGUCCUUUCCCCUCAUAUAGCAUAAUGCUGUUGUCACACUUAAUAAAAUUAAAAUUCCUUAAUAACAUGUAAUAUGGUCUGUGUGUAUGUGUGUGUGUGAAUUUUUCCAGUUGCCUCAAAAAUGUGUUUAGAGUUGGCAUGUGUGAAACAUGAUCCAAGCAAUGUCUACGCAUGAUAUUUGAUGGAUAUGUUCUUGAACCUUUAACAAGUUUCCUCUCCUUCUAUCUUUCCUCAUGCCUUUUAUUUAUUUGGAGAAAAAAAAUUGUCCUGUUUAUUUUCUUACUAUAUUGCAAAGUCCAUUGAGAUUACAAACAUUUUAGCACUAAAAAGUAUGCUUGGGACCCAUAGGCACUUACUAAUUUAUACUGAAUAAUGUUAAUAAUGCUCAAGAUCUGUGUUUUGUUCCUACAGGUUGAUCCAAAAGACUACAUGUUCAGUGGACUGAAGGAUGAAACAGCAGGUCGUUUACCUGGGAAAGUGGCAGGACAACAGUUUCUCAUUCAAGACUGUGAAAACUGUAACAUCUAUAUUUUUGAUCACUCUGCUACAGUUACCAUUGAUGACUGUACUAACUGCAUAAUUUUUCUGGGACCUGUAAAAGGCAGUGUGUUUUUCCGGAAUUGUAGAGAUUGCAAGUGCACAUUAGCCUGCCAGCAAUUUCGUGUGCGUGAUUGUAGAAAGCUGGAAGUCUUUUUGUGCUGUGCCACUCAACCCAUUAUUGAGUCUUCCACAAAUAUCAAGUUUGGCUGUUUUCAGUGGUACUACCCUGAAUUAGCUUUCCAGUUUAAAGAUGCAGGGCUGAGUAUUUUUAAUAACACAUGGAGUAACAUUCAUGACUUUACCCCUGUGUCAGGAGAGCUGAACUGGAGCCUUCUUCCAGAAAAUGCUGUGGUUCAGGACUAUGUCCCUAUACCUACUACUGAGGAGCUCAAAGCUGUCCGUGUUUCUACAGAAGCCAAUAGAAGCAUUGUUCCAAUAUCCCGGGGUCAGAGACAGAAGAGCAGUGAUGAGUCAUGCUUAGUGGUGCUAUUUGCUGGUGAUUAUACUAUUGCAAAUGCCAGGAAACUAAUCGACGAGAUGGUUGGUAAAGGCUUUUUCCUAGUUCAGACAAAGGAAGUAACUAUGAAAGCGGAGGAUGCUCAAAGAGUUUUUCGGGAAAAAGCACCUGAUUACCUUCCUCUUCUGAACAAAGGUCCUGUGAUUGCCUUGGAGUUUAAUGGAGAUGGUGCUGUAGAAGGAUGUCACCUAAUUAUAAAUGAGAUAUUCAAUGGGACAAAGAUGUUUGUAUCAGAAAGGAAGGAGACAGCAUCUGGAGAUGUAGACAGCUUCUACAACUUUGCUGAUAUACAGAUGGGAAUGUGAAGUACAAUGUGGGACCAAGGACUUGGUAUUAAGCCCUUUGCAACUUUUAUAUACAGAGUUUGAUAAUAGGCUUUUGUGUAUUAGUGAUUUUUACUAAUGCUGAAGUUGUUAAAGGGUAUUUUUAAUAACUCGUUGAAUACUACAUCAUUUAUUUGAGGUUCAAAAAUAGCUCAUUUAAGCUAAGUAGUAUUAAUCAGCUUAAAAACUAAUCCACUUCAGUAAUCUUGCAGUUUUAUUUCUCUUCAUAUGAUACUCCUAUUAGAAAAUAGAAGUGGCUACCAGUUCAUGAUUUUUAAUCCUAAUUCAAUAUUCUUUCAAAUCUCUUGCAUUGCUUAUUUCAUCUUUUUAAAAAUUUAGAGUGAUUUGUUACUAUUUAAUGAAUUAGAAUGAAAACUUACGCACUUUUUUCAUUUUUAUCUAUCCAUCCUGUUAAAUAAUUGUUUCCUAGUUGCAUUAUAUGGCUAAUGAGAUUUUGUACAUGGAAUUGACAUAAUACUUUGUAACUUGAAUUUUUUAAAGACAGAGACAUUGAAAGCUGGGUGCAAUGGUGCAUGCCUGUAGUCCUAACUACUUGGGAGGCUGAGGCAAGUGGAUCACUUGAGCCCAGGAGGUCAAGGCCAGCCUGGGCAACAUAGUAAGACCCCAUCUAAACAGAAAGAAACAGGCACUUGAUAACCAGGUUUGCAAAUAGCUCUACUGCUAUUGGCAUAGGUAUUUAAAGACUACUUCAUAAGUAGUAUGACUAUUGGAAUAAAUUCCAUACUGUUUAGUUUUUAAAUACGACUGCUAGAUGACUCUUCUGCUUCAUGGUAAGAAAAGUCCAGUCAGCAGAUUUUACAAAGGUGAUUAUUGUUUGAUCAGCUCUUGUGGGCUAUGAAGAGAAUUGGAACAAAACCUUGAGACUUUUAGGUAAGAAAUGCUUAGGCGUAAUGAUAAGCUAUCUAAGUUAUUUAAAAACUUGAUGCAUUGGAUUUUCAUUAGAUUUGCCAUUCAUGUCAAGUAAUAUUCGAGUAUGAUAAAAUCAUUUUGGUUGCUUCAAAGCAAUAUUUUUCAAAUCCACCUAAUCAUGAUAAUUUGUCAGAAGGCAGGAGAGAGCUACUUGUUCAAAAAUCCACGUUCCUGGACCUGGUCCUCAGAUGCACAGAUUCAGUCUUCAGGGGAAACUGUUUUAAGGGGAGUGUUGUGAUCUAAAGGAAUCAGUUCAGGUGUUGAUAGGUUGAUCUUGUGAGAAGGUACUGAACCUGCCAUUCAUAUCAUGUAUUGCAACUAAUAGGAAGACAGCUUCAUAGGCCUAUUUUUAAAAGGAAUCUGAAACUAUUUAAACUAAGACUGAAAAUGGCCACUUAUAAAAAUUCUUUUUAUGAUAAUUAGUAAAAAUGUAUUUUCAUGUUUAACAUGUUUUGGGGUAUUUUCAGCUUAACCUAUAACUACUACAUGGAUUGAAUUAUGUUAACAUGCAGAAAUAUUACAAAGACUUUUUACAUUAAAUUAAACAUAUUGAACAUCCACACUGUGCCUGGCCUUGUGCUAAACAUUAGAAUUACAUCAUUUCUUUUAUAAGAGCAUUCUGUCCUACAAAGUCAAUGUGAUUUCAUAAAGUGCAAAUAAAAAUUGCUGACAGGUUUAAUGUAAUUUCAGUCAUAAUAAUUACAAAUGAUCUUUGCAAAUAAUAGAAUAUGUUUAACUUAAAGUAAGUUAAACAUAUUCCUUCCUUAAUUAUAUUAUCAAACACCAUUAUUCACGGUUAAAAUAAUCACAACUUUUGUUUUUCAAAACUAAAACACAAUUUUAUGCUACGCUAUAAAUUGAGAUAUUUUAUCUAUGGUAUUUUAGCAAAAACUCAGGAAUAUAAUAUAUAAGGAAGAUGUCAAUUUAAAAUUUUUCACUAAAUUUGGUAUUUGUUAACCAAAGUCUAAAAUUUUCUAUUUUUCAGUUAGGUAAGAGCUUUUACCCAAGGUUAAUUGGUCUUUAAAGAUGGUCAUUUGGCUUGAAUGAAAAAUUUUAAAAAAUAAUAGCGCUGUGAUAGUUGUUUCUAAAAUUCUACAUGUUGAUAGUAAUCAGAAUGUACAUUUCAUUUCUAAGUAGCUUUUGAAAUCAUGAAAAAUUAUUAGCAGUGAAUACUAAGUAAUUUUAUUAGGUUAAAAUGUUUAAACAUCAUACUAGUUUAUUUCUUACAUUAAUAGUACUGCUUUUUUGUUAUGCGUCCAUAUACUCAUGUGUAGCUUUUAUAUGUAAU